ACAGAGCACAGCGCGGAGCGCGGUGGGAGGUGGGUAACGAAAGAUAAAGAAGUCAGUGACGAGGGCACUGACUUCACUUUGUCAUUUGGCGCUUUUCAGCUCCAGCAAACAAAACACAGAAACAGCGGUUCGAUUAUGAACAAAAUUCUGUGAGACCUACUACUCGCAUCUCUUUCUCUUUGUCCAAAAAUCAUCGCCAGGUAUCUGUUGCUGCUUUUAGUUGCUCCACAUCACUUCUAAUUCCACACCUUUCUCUCUCUUUAAUCUCCUUCUACAAAUAUCAAUUUCUUCUGGGUCAAAUUCAACUGUUUUUUCUCCUUGUGGGCGUGUACUUCAAGAGGAAUCGGUUUAACGGAAGAGGAGAAUAUGGGGAGUGAAUCUACGACUGCUCCGAAUCUUAGGGAUGAAAAGCCUCAGAACCCAGCAAUGGACGUGAAUGGGCAAGUUGCUGAGGGAGAUUCUACCAAAGAAAUUCCUACAAAAUCUGUGUUUGUUAACUCGGAACCAAUGCGAGAGGAGCAGGUGCAGAAUGCUGUUAAGUUUUUAUCACAUCCUAAAGUAAGGGGAUCCCCAGUUAUUUAUAGGCGAUCUUUUCUAGAGAAGAAAGGCCUCACAAAGGAGGAGAUAGAUGAAGCCUUCCGUCGUGUACCUGACCCACCUCCAACUGUUACCAAUGUGCAAGCAACUGCCACGAGUCAAGAUAGCCAGUUGAAGCCAUCUACAAACUUGCAGACACAAAUCCAGGGACAAGCUCCACAACCUGCGGCUGUUCCUUCAGGUGCUGCUUCUGCUUUGGCAACUUUGCCACGUACCAAGUUUCAUUGGUCCCAUGCUCUUCUUGCCAUAGGGUUUCUUGCUGUUUCAGGAGCUGGAUCUGCUAUUGUUUUUAAGAAUGCUGUGGUUCCUAGGUUAAAAUCUUGGAUCCGGAAGGUUGUACUGGAAGAAGAAGAUGAGUCAGUGAAAAGAAAUCUUUCAAAACCAAGUUUGGCUGAAGAAGCAGCAGCGGCUGCAAAAGCAGCUGCAGCUGCAGCUGCUGAUGUGGCCAGGGCAAGUCAGGAGAUGUUAAAUUCCAAAAAUGAAGAGAAGAAAUACUUUGAGACCUUUAUGAGUGUGCUGGAUGUCCAAGUAGCGGAAAUGAAAUCAAUGAGUAACGCUAUCAGGAAAUUGGAAGCUAAAGGAGAACAACAUUCUCAAUCAGUGUCAAGGAAUGGACCAAGUAACACAUCAUGGAGUGCCUCGCAUGCUAGCCAAGAAGAUUCUAGAGGUUUUAUGGAAGGUUUUAAGCAAGCAAAAGUGAAUGGGACAGUGGACUUUGACUCAGGCUCAGGGAGGCCUAUGUCAGCACCAGCAUCCAUGGAGCCUUCGGUUGCGCCACACCCAAAGUCAUAUAUGGAGAUCAUGGCUAUGGUGCAAAGAGGGGAGAAACCUCCUGGCAUCAAAGAAAUCAACGACCUACCUCCCAAUCCAAACCAGCCACCAUCAAAUCCUCGUUUAGCACCUAGAAUGAAGCCAUGGGAGGUUGGUCAGGCUCAGAAUAGCUCUAGCUACACCCUUCAGUCCCAAACAAGCGGUGAAAACUCAAGUUACAAGGUAGAAGAUAAUGGUUCUGCCUCUCAGUUGAAUGGUUACAGCUCAGAGCCUUGGUGGCAACGGAAAAAUGUGAGAAUCUCAGAAAUUGAAGAUGAGAAUGAUCAAAGGAUAGCCUCAUAUGGCAUAGUUCCUGUGGCCAAUGAACGUCCUGUCCAGCGUACAUGGGUUCCACCACAGCCCCCACCGGUUUCCAUGCCUGAAGCUGCUGCAGCAAUCCGACAACCAAAAUCCAUAAUUCAGAAGGAGCAACCAAGUAAUGACCAGGUGAUGGAACGCUCCUCAGACGAAGUUGAUGAGUUGCAGAGGAUUACAAAACUAUCAGAGUUGGGAGGUGAAGUGGAUCUCAACAAUAGCGGUAAGAACUUGGAGAUAAGCGAGAUACAAGAAGAGCAGAGUGGUAUUGAAGGGAACUGAGUUGGAAUCAGAUAUAUGAGGUCUACUUGGUCAGCUAGCACUAGCAGUGGUUAUCCAUGCUACUAAAGAUGAUGUUAAUAAUUAGUCAUUCUCAUCUUGAUUACCAUGAUGAAGAUGGUAGAUAAUAAUGUUUUACGUUUUUCUAUUUCCCAUGUUUGUACUGCAUACUGAAUACUGAUUCAGUGCAUGUAGCCAUAUUACAAGAAGGUGAGGGAAAUGAAAUGAUAAAUAUUCUGCAUCUCCAUUA